UCGAACAUGUGAGUAUGCUGGUAAUUCUGCUGAACUGUGUUACCCUUGGGAUGUUCCAGCCCUGCGAGGAUGUGGAGUGCAAAUCGGAGAGGUGUACCAUCCUAGAGGCAUUUGAUGGAUUCAUCUUUGCUUUCUUUGCCGUGGAAAUGAUUAUUAAGAUGGUGGCACUUGGGAUAUUUGGGCAGAAAUGUUACCUUGGCGACACAUGGAACCGCCUGGAUUUUUUCAUUGUCAUGGCUGGGAUGAUGGAAUAUUCCUUGGAUGGACACAAUGUCAGCUUAUCUGCCAUACGCACUGUUCGAGUUUUAAGGCCACUUAGAGCUAUAAAUAGGGUUCCAAGUAUGAGAAUACUUGUCACCCUGCUGUUAGAUACUCUGCCUAUGUUAGGCAACGUUCUUCUGUUAUGUUUCUUUGUGUUUUUCAUCUUUGGGAUAGUCGGGGUUCAGCUUUGGGCCGGCCUACUCAGAAACAGGUGUUUCCUGGACCCCAAUUUUUCAAUAAAUUACAACUUUUCUGUGAAACCGUAUUACCAAGUGGAUGAAACGGAUGAGAAUCCUUAUAUUUGUUCUUCUAACCGUGACAACGGCAUGUUAAAAUGUCAGGAUUUCCCACAAAAGAAUACCUGCUCCAUUGCAGACUUUAACAACCACAAUAACUGUUUGGAUAUAAAUCAGUUUUAUAACGUAUGUCAAACAGGAGACUUCAAUCCACAUAAAGGGGCCAUUAAUUUUGACAACAUUGGCUAUGCUUGGAUAGCCAUUUUUCAGGUGAUUACAUUAGAAGGCUGGGUCGACAUCAUGUACUUUGUCAUGGAUGCUCAUUCUUUUUACAAUUUUAUAUAUUUUAUACUACUUAUAAUAGUUGGUUCUUUCUUCAUGAUAAACUUGUGCCUGGUUGUGAUAGCAACACAGUUUUCUGAAACUAAACAACGGGAAAAUCAGCUGAUGCAGGAGCAGCGGGCCCGUUACCUCUCCAAUGACAGCACAAUCGCCAGCUUCUCUGAACCAGGUAGUUGCUACGAGGAGCUGCUUAAAUACAUUUGCCACAUCUUCAGGAAGGUUAAACGACGGACGUUACGUCUUUAUAACAACUGGCAAAACAAGAGGAGGAAAAAGGUCAACCCCAACAGCACUAAUAAUGGACACAGCCGUGGCCGCAAAAGCAAACGGCGCAUCACCUCUAUCCACCACUUAAUUCACCACCAUCAUCAUCACCACCACCACCAUUAUCAUAUCAGCAAUGGUAGCCCCAGGGGUCCAAGGUCAAGUCCUGAGAUCUGUGAUUUAGAGAUGAAGAUCAUGAAGCCUAGAAGUCUUCUAAGGCUUCCUCCUCCAUCCCCCAGCAUCCAAAGCCCUUCUGCCAACAGUGAGUCUGUACAUAGCAUCUACCAUGCAGAUUGCCAUUUUGAGGGGCCCCCAAUAAAAUCAUCAAAGUCUUCCAAUGCCUCCUCCAACAUAAAACUGAAUGCUGGGCUCAACCACAAUAACAUGAACUAUCCCACCAUUCUACCUUCCCCAGCAAACAAACAAAGUCCUACCAUAGUGCCCAAAGGAAGAAGUGGCAGUUCUCCAGUUAGUUUGGUCAACAGCCCUGUCAGUCUGAAUGUAGAACCAUAUGGGAAGAUCCAUCAACUGGUGGGAGAACAUGGUCUAUGUAGGAGCUCCAGUAAAUUAUCCGGCCUGAGUGUACCUUGCUCCUUGACAAGCCCACAGUCCAGUGCCCUAAUGUGCGAGCUGCAAAGCUGUGUCUAUUGCGCAAGUCUCUUGGACAACCCAGAGCUGGAUCUCAGUGACACCGAGAGUUGCGACUCUGAUACAAAUGGCGUCUAUGAGUUUACGCAGGACUUGAGACACGGUGAUCAAAGGGACCAGGUACAAAAAGGCAGGAAAUUUAAAAAGAAGCCAAAGGAGAAGAACAAAGUUUAUAAGAUCUGGGAAGAAUUCACCAACCGACUAAAAAGAAUAGUGGAUAGCAAAUAUUUCAACCGUGGGAUUAUGAUCGCCAUUUUGAUAAACACUUUGAGUAUGGGAAUUGAGUAUCACGAACAGCCAGAAGAGCUCACUACCGCCUUGGAAAUCAGCAACAUUGUCUUCACCAGUAUGUUUGCCCUUGAGAUGCUCCUCAAACUCCUCGCCUUUGGGAUCUUUGGAUACAUAAAGAACCCCUACAACAUCUUUGAUGGGAUCAUUGUCAUUAUCAGUGUGUGGGAGAUCAUUGGACAAUCAGAUGGGGGUCUUUCUGUGCUCAGAACUUUCAGACUUCUUCGGGUUCUGAAGCUCGUCCGAUUCAUGCCUGCUCUACGCCGCCAGCUGGUAGUCCUGAUGAAGACCAUGGACAACGUUGCCACCUUCUGUAUGCUUCUCAUGCUCUUUAUUUUUAUCUUCAGUAUCCUUGGUAUGCAUCUGUUUGGUUGUAAAUUCACAAUAAAGACGGACACUGGGGACACAAUUACGGACAGAAAAAAUUUUGAUUCUUUGCUCUGGGCUAUUGUCACUGUUUUCCAGAUUCUCACACAAGAAGACUGGAACGUGGUCCUGUACAACGGCAUGGCCUCUACGUCCUCCUGGGCAGCUCUUUAUUUUGUGGCUCUCAUGACCUUUGGAAAUUACGUCCUCUUUAACUUGUUGGUGGCUAUUCUGGUGGAAGGUUUCCAAGCAGAGGGGGAUGCUACAAGGUCAGAAGCGGAUGAGGACAAAGCUUCAGCCAAUUUUGAUGAAGAUCUGGAAAAACUAAAAGAUCUCCGUGCUGCAGAGAUAAAGAUGUAUUCCCUGGCAGUAACACCUAAUGGGCACCUUGACGCACGAUGCUCCAUGCCACCACCUAUAAUCAUGCGCACCGCUGCAACCCCAAUGCCAACACCGAAGAGCUCUCCUUGCAUGGACUCGGUGCACACCUUCAUUGAUUCAAGACGAGAAAGCAGCGCAUCAACUGACCCCUCAAUAUGUGACCAGAAGUCUUUGGCCAGCCUCCGAAGUUCCCCGUGUCCUCCAUGGGGAACUUACAGUAACUGGGGAAGCCGCCGGUCCAGCUGGAACAGCAUAGGUAGAGCACCAAGCAUCAAGAAAAAGAACCAAUCAGGAGAGAGGGAAUCUUUACUGUCAGGAGAAGGGAAGGGGAGCACGGAUGAUGAUUCAGAUGAUUGUAAAUCCAGCCCAAUGGGAAGGGUGUCUCUCCAUAGACGAGCAGGCUCAUUGGACACUCGCGGAUCACUGGACAUUCCUGAGCUUCUACAGGUUCCAACAUUACGACAUUCUCUUAGCGUCAGCCCUUUGGCCCUGGUGCCCUCAGAAUUCCAGGAUUGUAAUGGCAAAACCUUGCAUGUGCCCAGUGAUCUGUUUGUGAGAGUGGAUAAACCAAAGGAAGACCCUCUGGACUAUGAGGAUGAUAUUGAAGAUAGUUACUGUUUCCGGAUUCGAAAGAUUUUGGAGCCAUAUAAGCCAAACUGGUGUAAAACUCAUGAAGACUGGGCCCUCUACAUAUUCUCACCCCAAAACCAGUUCCGCAUGAUGUGCCAGAAGGUUAUUGCCCACAAAAUGUUUGACCACAUAGUGCUCGUCUUCAUCUUCUUGAACUGUAUUACUAUUGCCCUUGAACGUCCAGAUAUCCAUCCUCUGAGCAUGGAACGGAUAUUCUUGAGCGUUUCCAACUACAUUUUCACAGCAAUCUUUGUUGUAGAGAUGACAAUUAAGGUGGUAGCACUGGGUUUUGUCUCUGGAGAGAACGCUUAUCUGCAAAGUAGCUGGAACGUGCUGGAUGGGCUCCUGGUUUUUGUUUCCAUCAUUGACAUCAUUGUCUCUAUGGCAUCAGAUGGAGGGGCAAAGAUACUGGGCAUCCUGCGUGUGCUGAGGCUAUUGCGCACCCUGCGUCCCUUGAGAGUUAUCAGUCGUGCACCAGGACUUAAGCUUGUGGUCGAAACUCUCAUCUCUUCCCUACGGCCUAUUGGCAACAUCGUACUCAUCUGUUGCGCCUUCUUCAUCAUCUUCGGCAUCUUAGGAGUUCAGCUUUUCAAGGGCAAGUUUUAUUACUGCGAGGGAUCUGACACGCGGAAUAUCACAAACCGGUCAGAGUGUAUUCAAGCUCGCUACAAGUGGGUGCGCCGCAAAUACAACUUUGACAACUUGGGUCAGGCCUUGAUGUCGCUCUUUGUUCUGUCCUCCAAAGAUGGCUGGGUAAAUAUCAUGUACGAUGGACUGGAUGCUGUGGCGACUGAUAUUCAGCCAGUCAGAAAUCACAACCCGUGGAUGCUUCUAUUCUUCAUCUCAUUCCUACUCAUCGUUAGUUUUUUCGUACUAAACAUGUUUGUUGGUGUGGUGGUGGAAAACUUUCACAAGUGUCGACAACAUCAAGAAGCAGAGGAGGCACGUCGAAGAGAGGAGAAACGUCUCCGUCGUCUGGAAAAAAAGCGCAGGAAGGCCCAGCGGAGACCGUAUUAUGCAGACUACUCUCCUACUCGCCGGUACAUCCACACGAUGUGCACUAGUCACUACCUGGAUCUUUUCAUCACCUUUAUCAUUGGUAUCAACGUCAUUACUAUGUCAAUGGAGCACUAUAACCAGCCUCAGUCCCUGGAGGAAGCAUUAAAGUAUUGCAACUAUUUGUUCACGAUAGUCUUCGUUUUUGAGGCCGUUCUUAAGCUUGUUGCAUUUGGAUUUCGAAGAUUUUUUAAGGACAGAUGGAACCAGCUGGACCUGGCAAUUGUCCUUCUCUCUAUCAUGGGGAUAACCUUGGAGGAAAUUGAAAUAAACGCCUCACUUCCUAUCAACCCAACCAUUAUUCGCAUCAUGAGAGUACUAAGGAUCGCUAGAGUGUUAAAGCUUUUAAAAAUGGCUACUGGGAUGCGAGCAUUGUUAGACACCGUGGUUCAAGCUUUACCCCAGGUGGGAAAUCUCGGACUUCUCUUUAUGCUGUUGUUUUUUAUCUAUGCUGCUCUCGGAGUGGAAUUAUUUGGGAAACUUGUGUGUAAUGAUGAUAACCCAUGUGAAGGACUCAGCAGACAUGCCACUUUUGAGAACUUUGGAAUGGCAUUUCUUACUCUAUUCCGAGUCUCAACCGGUGACAACUGGAAUGGAAUCAUGAAGGACACACUGCGGGAAUGCAGCAGCGAAGACAAGAACUGCCUCACGUACUUACCACUCAUAUCCCCAAUCUAUUUUGUCACCUUCGUCCUCAUCGCUCAGUUCGUCUUGGUCAACGUAGUGGUAGCCGUGCUGAUGAAACAUCUAGAGGAAAGUAACAAGGAAGCCAAGGAAGAUGCAGAGAUGGACGCGGAGAUCGAGUUAGAGAUGUCCAGGGCUCUUACACCAGCAGGUGGAGGUUGCAGUGCACCUGCAGAUAGCAAAGGAACCAGUGGAGGUCUGGAUCCAGUUAUGGCAGAACUGCCAGUGCUUCUCAUGCAAGCUAGGGGGUCUCUGAGCCAGGACAAUGUGAUUUUAAUGAUCCCUGAGUCAAUGGAGGGAGCCACCUUACUGAAGGACACAGUGUCAGUCUCCAUGCCCCAGCAUCAAGCCAUGCCGCUUUCCCUCCAGCCCUCCCCGGGGAACAAGGAUGGUGAUGCUUACAUGAGGGAUGGGACAGGCUCCCAGAAUCUGCUGACAGUGAGAAAAGUAUCUGUUUCCAGGAUGCAUUCACUACCUAAUGACAGCUACAUGUUCCGGCCAGUUCUGCCAGCAAAAGCUUCUUAUCCCCUGCGCGAAAUGGAGAGCUAUGAGGAUAACUCUCCCAGAGGAUCUAUUACAUCUCUCCAUUCUCAGGCUGCAGAUGCCUCCUCCUUACUUACAGUUCGGGUGGGCUGCCAGCCGUUGCCUUCUACACCAUGUCAUCAAGACACUGCUGAUUUGCCUAAGAUUCCACCUCCAUGCUCACCUUCAAGAUCUCCAAGUUUAAACAAACUGUUGCGUAGACAAGAAGCUAUACGUAUGGACUCAAUUGACUGUCAGAAUGGAGAUUCCAAGGAUAGCCUCCAAGUUGAGUCUUCAGAGACCUUACAGCUUAGAACACCACCAUUGAAUACAUUGGUUCCCAAUUUUCUUUGCCCUUCUUCUCUCUCUCUACAGGGAACUCCACAAUCUUCCCCUAAGCUGUCCUCCCACCACAGACAUUCCAGUGUAUGCACACGCAACCAUGUGUACAGCCAACACAGUAUUUCAAGUCGACCUUCAAGUGGCAGCAGCAGCAGCAGCAACACCAACUCUGAGGAACCCAUAUUUGGUUCUUCAGAUCCGGCUGAUGAAGAGGUCAGCCAUAUAAACAGCUCAGCUAAGGGCUGGAGAGGACAAUCUGACAAUAGGAGUCACUCUGUGUCACCAUUCAUCUCCCAAGCUUCAUCUCCUCUCCUAAAGAACUGCAAUAGCACAGCCAACCUGACAGGGACCAGCUUCAAAGACAAAGACUUAAAGAAGUUUUACAGUGUUGAUACUCAAGGAUUUUUAGCUAAGCCCAUGUGGGCAGAAGACCAAAGGAGGCACUCAAUAGAAAUUUGCCCUUCCAUUGAUGAUGGCGAUUCCUGCUUUGAUUUAUCCAUUGAUGAUACAAAUAGUCCCUCUAUUCUCAUUCAGUCUGACCCUGAGUGUAUCAAUGGAGUUCGAAGGAAGAAAAAGAUGAGCCCACCUUGUAUAUCUAUAGAUCCUCCCAUGGAGGAUGAGAAUGGCACAAUCCCAUGUACCAAAGCAUCAGAAAAUAGCAUGAUGUUAAGAAGAAGGACCCCAUCCUGUGAAUCCACAUCAUACAGAGAUUCUUUAGAUCUUGGAGAUAACCAACUUGGGGAGCAAACAUCUAAAACCGAUAGACGGAUCCAGACACCCUGUCGGAAUGAACAUCUAAUAAUACAUAGUUACUCCUUUGACCAGCUGGAUGGAAACAGUUUCUCCGAACUUUUAGCAGAAAGUGGAGGCUCCACUCCCCCAUCUGUACAUGUUGUGGAUUCCAGGCAAGGACCUGUUGCUUUAGAAGUGAAGCAAAUAGAUCAUACACAGACUCAGAGCAUCAAUUCUGAUAAAAGCAGGGAUUUAAUUGCUGUCCGUAAAGGUUCUUUAAAAAAGUCUACACUAAUUCAGGCUUCUAACACAACAGAUGAAGUAAUAGAUAAACCGUUAUAGCUUUUAAUAAUAAAAGGGCUUGUGACAUUUAAAUUAAGUUGAAGAACCACUGGAUAGACGGGUCUAGGAAUCUUUUUAAGGUGUUAGUGUUUUCAAUAAGCUGGGGGUUUAAUGGCAAAUAUAGCAAAUGAGAAAUACAAAUGGUUUGAAUUCAGUUUCUGGUUUUGUUUGGUUUUAUAAACGGAAUAUGAAGUCAGCUUUCCAUAUAGCCUCAAUCACAUUGAUUCGAGUUUUUUCUUUAUUUUAUUUUUUUCUAUUUUUAAGCUGGCACUAUUUUUAUUGUGCAAAGACACAGUAUGCUGAAGUGCUGAAAAAUGAAAUGUGUACAUUAUCUGUAUAUCAGCAGUAUAAAUAAAAUAGAAAUAAUGUAUUUGUGGAAAAAACUACUAAUAGUCUCUGUUUGUAUGAUGUACUUAUGUCAAGGCUGAUAACAUGCAUGGUUCUCAUCUGCCUUUCAUAUUUACGUCUUCAUUUAUAGCAUCUUUAUUUGGUUUUGGACAAAAUUUUUAUUUGUUUUAAUAAGCAAAGUGCCCUUUGGCUUGUAUAUAACUGAACUUUUAGAAAUGUCAUCUUUUCAUGUGCAUUUGAACAGGGUUCCAGAUUUUUAUCCAAAAAAAUAAAAGAUAAAAUAUAAAAAGAAAAGGACAAAGAAAUGCAAAUAUUUCUUGCCCUUUUAGAAUGUUUGGUAAACAAGAAGUAUCCAACUUUAGUGGCAAACAAAAAGUGUAACAAUGAAGUUACUGUUAUUUAGUAGUCUAAAGUAUUAUUCGUAAUGGUCAUGGUUAGCUAAAUUAUAUAAAACAUUCUUUUUAAUUAUUUUUUUUUUAUAGUCACAAAAUGCCCUUUUUUGGUUUGCGAAUGUCCACUCUUUAUCACUCUGAGAUUUGGCUGAAGUUCCAAGCAUAAAAUUGUUUCUUUAUUAAGCCGUCUAAGAAUUUAAAAUCCAAUCCUUGUUGGAACUACACAGACAAAUAAAAGUUCUUCCUAAGUGUGCAGUACACUACCUGAGCAAACUCUCGUUUCAGACAGGUAUACUUCCCCACCCCCCUCCCACUUAACAGUUUUAUCUUUUGUUGACUAUACUAUUUUUAUACCCUUUUUAUCAUGUGUAAUUUAAAUAAAGAUUUGGUUAUUUUGCUAUAA